GUGCCAUUGCGAAAAACAAAGCUUCCCAACCCAACCGUUCAGUCACUCUCUCUCUCUCUCUCUCUGCAAGGAGUGUGUGUGUAUGCAAUCCUCUGAAUGAAUCCGAACUCGAACUUCAAUUCGGAUAUGGAUCCUCACAUGGAUCCAGGCCCCGAUCGCCUUCAUCACCUCCAGCAUCCGCAGCCUCUCCACCCCCAGCAGCAGCCGCAGCAGCAGCAGCAGCAGCGCCGGCCGCGUGGGUUCGCGGCGACGGCAGCUGCGGCGGCGUCGUCUGAUCCCUCCUCACCCGCCGGCGGGGGGGCUAAAGGGAAAAGGGAGAGGGAGAAGGAGAAGGAGCGGACGAAGCUCAGGGAGCGCCACCGCCGGGCCAUCACCAGCCGCAUGCUCGCAGGGCUCCGCCAGUACGGGAACUUCCCCCUCCCGGCUCGGGCCGACAUGAAUGACGUCCUCGCGGCACUAGCGCGGGAGGCGGGCUGGACGGUCGAGGCAGACGGCACCACUUACAGGCAGUCUGCUACUCCCUCCCAAAUGGCAGCGUUUCCGGGAAGAUCCAUGGAGAGCCCCGUAUCUUCGGGGACUUCAUUGAAGAGCGGCACUGCUCGGGCAACAUCAGGGUUGGAGGGUCAGCAACCUGGGGGGAUGAGAAUAGGUGAGAGCUUGUCGCCAGCUUCUCUCGAUUCUGUCGUGAUAGCUGCUGAGAGGCAUGUGAAGAGCGGGAACUACGCGAGCACCAGCCCCAUUAACUCUGUUGUUGAAUGCUUGGAUGCUGAUCAGCUUAUCCGAGAUGUCAAUUCUGGAGAUCGCGAGGAUGUCUUCACAGGGACUCCAUAUGUCCCUGUUUAUGUUAAACUUACGAAGGCGAUUAUCAACAAUUACUGUCAACUGGUUGAUAGAGAUGGUACCGUGCAAGAGUUGGGUCAUAUAAAGUCAUUAAAUGCAGAUGGUGUUGUAGUAGAUUGUUGGUGGGGUAUUGUUGAAGCGUGGAGUCCUCAGAAGUAUGUAUGGUCUGGAUACAGGGAGCUAUUCAACCUCAUACGAGAAUUCAACCUGAAAUUGCAGAUUGUAUUGGCAUUCCAUGAGCAUGUAGGACGCGAUCCAAUGGCCAUGCCAGUGUCUCUUCCCCAGUGGGUUCUGGAAAUUGGAAAGGAGAACCAGGAUAUAUUUUUCACAGAUCAAGGAGGAAUGCGGAACACCGAGUGCUUGACUUGGGGCAUUGACAAAGAAAGAGUGCUUAGGGGAAGAACUGGUAUUGAGGUAUAUUUUGAUUUUAUGAGAAGCUUGCGGACCGAGUUUGAUGACUUGUUUAAUGAGGGUCUUAUUUCUGCUAUUGAGAUUGGACUUGGAGCAUCUGGUGAGCUACGGUAUCCUUCUUUUCCAGAAGGAAUGGGAUGGCGAUAUCCUGGUAUUGGCGAGUUUCAGUGCUAUGACAGAUAUUUGCAGCAGAAUUUGAGGAAGGCAGCAAAAUUACGUGGACAUUCCUUCUGGGCAAGGGCACCUGAUAAUGCUGGUCAAUAUAAUUCGAGGCCCCAUGAAACAGGGUUCUUCUGCGAACGCGGUGAUUAUGAUAGCUAUUAUGGGCGAUUUUUCCUGCAUUGGUAUGCCCAGACUCUGAUGGACCAUGCAGAUAAUGUUCUCUCUCUUUCUAAUCUUGCAUUUGAGGAAACAAGGAUAAUUGUGAAGGUUCCUGCAAUAUAUUGGUGGUACAAGACUUGUAGUCAUGCAGCAGAGCUAACUGCAGGAUAUUAUAACUCCACAAACCGAGACGGAUACUUUCCUGUGUUUGAGGUCCUGAAGAGACACUCUGUGACUUUGAAGUUCGCGUGCUCCGGAUUGCCCAUUCUUUGUCAGGAAAACGAUGAGGCAUUGGCUGACCCAGAAGGUCUAAAUUGGCAGGUUCUGAAUUCAGCAUGGGACCAAGGCCUAACUGUAUCUGGGGAGAAUGCACCCUCGUGUUAUGACAGAGAAGGUUACACGAGAGUAAUUGAAAUGGCAAAACCUCGGAACGACCCCGAUCAUCAUCACUUCGACUUCUUUGUCUACCAGCAGCCCUCUCCUCUGGCGCAAAGAAGCUUCUCAGAUAUGGACUUCGUGAUCAAAUGCAUGCACGGAGAUCUUUCAGCUGAUCUAGUGACCUGUUAAAGGCCGUCUUUCCAGGAUAGACUGACUAAGAUGCAAUGAACGCGAGUCUCCGAGUCUCCGGGGAUACUGAGCUUGGAUGCAAUAGAAUGUGAAACUCGAGUAGGUGACUAUAUAUUGACAUAAUUAGUUUCUUCACUUGGUGUGAUUUUUGUAUAAAAUUUGCCGGUGAAGAUUCAUGGUUGCCAUGGAUAAAUAUUACAUCCUUUGUGCCUCGUGUCAAUAUGUGGUAUAUACGGGAGAAAAAGAAUUAUUAUAUUCUUA